GAUUAAAGAAGACAGUCAAGACACAGUGGUUGGUGGUGGCGGUGGUGAAGUUGAAGUGGAGUUAUUAUGAUGGCGGACUCGUUUUGUCGAGAUUGCAAUAAACUGACGGAGGUAGUGUUCGAUCACUCAGCGGGGGACACCAUUUGUUCGGAGUGCGGUCUGGUCUUGGAGGCCCACUCCAUUGAUAAAACCUCGGAGUGGCGUACCUUUUCCAACGGCUCCUCCGACCACGACCCUGUUCGUGUUGGUGGACCCCUCAACCCUCUCUUGACUGACGGCGGUCUUUCUACUGUUAUUGUCAAACCAACCGCCGGCUCCACCCAGUUUUUGUCGGGUUCGCUCGGAAAAUGGCAGACUCGAAGUUCUAAUCCUGAUAGAAAUCUUAUUCAGGCAUUUACGUAUAUCUCUGCCAUGUCUGAUAGGUUGGGGCUUGUUACAACCAUAAAGGAUCGAGCUAAUGAAAUCUAUAAGAAGGUAGAAGAUCAGAAACCUCUUAGGGGACGGAAUCUAGCAGCAAUUGUGGCAGCUUGCCUCUACAUUGCUUGUAGACAAGAAAACAAGCCACGGACUGUGAAAGAAUUUUGUUCUGUUGCCAAUGGGACAACAAAGAAAGAAAUUGGACGGGCAAAAGAGUUCAUUGUGAAACAUCUGGAAGCAGAGUUAGGUCAAUCUAUUGAAAUGGGAACUAUACAUGCUUCAGACUAUCUGAGACGUUUUGGUUCCUAUCUUGGAAUGACCAAUCAAGCUGUUAAGGCCGCUCAGGAAGCUGUGCAGAAAUCUGAAGAGCUUGACAUAAGGAGGAGCCCAAUCUCACUAGCUGCUGCUGCUAUAUACAUCAUCACUCAACUAUCAACUGACCCAAAGCUUCUCAAAGAAAUUUCUGUCGUUACUAGAGUGGCUGAAGGUACAAUAAAAAAUUCCUACAGGGAUCUUUAUCCUCAUUUGUCAAGAAUAAUACCAGAUUGGUUUGCCAAUGCGGAAGAUAUCAAGAGCCUGCCAUUCUGAAAUUGCUUAAAGGUGAUGGUUAUGGUUCCUUGUAGCCUCCAUAAUGCUUAAUCCCCUUCUUCAAGCAAACCAUCAUGUAAAUGCCUGUCCUUCCAGUGUUCUUACCGGGAACAUCAGCUUAGUAGCAGUAGCUUUGUAGCUCCUAGAGACUGUAGUUGUUAAAAGCACUACUUCCAUA